GUGCGCGUUGCGCCAGUUCCCAGCUGCGCUUGAAGGGGGACGGCGAUGGCGGCGAAGGCGGCGGCGGUUACGGUGCUGGCGCCGAAUGGCAGGCGGCAGCAGGUGAAAGUGGCGGCGAGUACACCGCUGCUACAGGUUUUAGAAGAGGUGUGUAGAAAACAGAAAUUGGAUCCCGAGGAAUAUGGUCUGAAGUUCCAGAGAACAGUUUUGGAUUUGUCACAGCAGUGGCGGUUUGCCAAUGUCCCUAACAAUGCCAAGUUGGAGAUGGUUGCAGCUGCACGUCAGCAUGCUGGAGCAGAGAGCAAGGUUCGGAUUGCUCUACAACUUGAAGAUGGAUCCAGACUUCAACACUUUUUUCAGUCUGGUUUGACUCUCUGGGAUCUUCUUGAUCACUUUCCUGAGACCAGGAUUUCUGAAGAACAGCUGUUGGAAGCUAUUCCAGUCUGUGUUUAUAUGAGAGAUGAGAUAGCUGGAGAAUCUGCACUAAAGGCAACUACUCUAAAAUCACUUGGACUUACUGAUGGUAGUGCCAUCAUUAGAUAUGUUUUGAAGAGAUCCAAUGUGGAUGAACAAAAUGGAGCAAUGGAUUUGGCUUCAAUUUCUGACAAACAGCCAGUGAACAAAUCUGAAUCAAAAACUGUGCUGAUUGAGGUUGUUGAUGGCUCUGCAACUGAACCAGGCUCUGUUUGUUCUGUCGAUGAUUCUAGUCCUAAUGGGUUGAGCACAGAGAUUAAUUUGCACAGAACUGUGGAGGUGUUUGCACAGAAGAAAGUACCAUCAAUGGACUUGACACAAGAACGAAGCAAAGACAGUACAGAUCCUUUUCAGAAGAAAGAUGAAGAUAAAUUGUCACCUGAACAGAUCAGCUCUGAAUCAUCAGAAAAUCCAUGUGAUGGUUCAGCACAGCUUGUUGCUCCUGAUUCAAGUCCUCCCUCAGAAUAUUCUGAUGUUUCAGACUGUAUUGCCUCAUCCACCAAAAACAAUGAAAGUCCUGAACUUUCCUCCUUUCCAACAGGAAGUCAAGAUCUGAGCAACUCGGGAAUGGAUCGUAAUCAAUUUAUCCUUGAUGAACCAUCAAAGGCAACAGCACACUCUUCUACUUCAGCUGGUCCACCACAUCCAAAGAAAUCAAAAACUGUUCCUCAGCAGUCACCUUUAAAGAGCUCAGAUGCUACUCAACCUCUGAAGCUGGAGCCUCUAGAAUCAUCCAGCAGUAAAGAAUAUUUGAAGCCCGUUGACAGAGAGCCACUUGUUUACCAUUUGGAUGGAAAGAAUCCUGUUCAAGAAUCAAGUGGUUUUGAGGAACUUCCUGAUGAAUUCUUUGAAGUUACCAUAGAUGAUGUUAGAAAACGUUUUGCUCAACUGAAAAGUGAAAGGCGACGUCUUGAAGAGGCUCCGUUGAUGACAAAAUCGAUGAGAGAAAUUUACAUGAAAGAAAAGACAGAGCGCUAUCCUAAGGUUGUUCUAAGAGUGCAGUUUCCUGACAGAUAUGUCUUGCAAGGUUUCUUCAGACCCCUUGAAACAGUUGGAGCACUGAUUGAAUUUGUGAAAAUGCAUCUGGUUGAUCCAGCAAUUUCAUUUUAUUUAUUUAAAACACCACCUAAAGUGCUUCUUGAUAAACCAACUGCAACACUUUUCGAGGCAAACUUGUUUCCUGCAGCCCUUGUCCACUUUGGCUCUGAAGUCAGAAUGGAUUGCUACAUAUGUGAAGAGUUCUUGAAGUCUCCAACCUCUAUGUCCCAGGCAGACCUCACCAUUACCAGCUGUAUUCCCAGACAAGUGACCCCGUCAACUAGUUCAUUGAGCUGUGAAACAGCAGUGCAAUCCUCUGCUCAGAGUGGAGAAGAGGAUGAGGAGAGGAAGCAACCUAAGACAAAUGCAGCAAGUGCUAGGGAAAUUCAAACUGACGCAAGUAAAGUGCCCAAAUGGUUCAAACUGCCAGGGAAACGCUAAGAAAUGGGAAGAUAUAAUCAGUGCAGAAGCCGCACAAUAACUUCAUAGAAUGCGAAGCAAAAAUCAUACUUUUUGAUCCACGGAAUUGCGGUUUUUUUUGCUUUUCGUUUUGGAAUAUUGUAUUGAAUGAUCUGAAUUUAUUAAUCGUGUAAAAAGUAGUUCCAGAUUAGUACGAGUUUUACAAUAAAACAAAUGGAGAUUCAG